UAUAAAAGAGAAUUUUUGCAUUGGGUAGAACCAGCAAGGAAUUUCAUUGAAGAAGGUCAAGGAUUGUCCGAAUUAGGGCUUGCUUCAAGUCUUCAUCUUGCUCCUGUGUCAGUUUCAACAGAUAUUCUACUUGGUUGGAUUUGCCUUUUUUUUGGAAAUAUUUCUAAAUUUGUCGGUGAUUCAGGAACUAUGUCAUCCAACAACGAAGCAUCAAUUCCACACAUCCAAAUACGCCAACUAAAAAAAUUUCAAAGAGAGUGGACCAUUCAUGUUGUUAUCCUAAGAACUAUUGAGUCAUCUUAUGAGAACAACAAAGGAUCAGGAAAACUACUAAAAUUAAUUUUUGCCGACUCAGAGGGGGAAAAAAUACAAGGUAUUAUGUUUGGAGAAACUAUUGAAAUGUAUAAGCACAUGCUUCAGAAGAAUCAUGUUGUUUACAUCUCAAAUGGAGAAGUCAAACCAAUAAACCCGCUUUAUGGAAAUGUACAUGAGUCAAUUGAGUUGACAUUGACUAAGAACAUUUCUAUCAAAGAAUCAAAAGCAGAGUUUCAAUUUGAUAAGAUAUUGAAUAACUUUAUCUCAAUCAAAGAUGCAAUUGCCAACGAGGAUACAAGGAAUAUAAAUGUUCUUGCAAUGAUAGCAAAUGUCAAGCCUAUGAUCAAGUACGUUACAAGAUAUAAUAAGGCAGACAUAAGGCGGGACAUCAUUAUAGUAGACAAAGAAGAUUUAACUGGCAAUGAAGGUUCAAUUAUUGAAGGAAAUAUGCAUGAGACAACUAUAAUAGCGCUAUCAAAUUUUAAAAUAUCAUUGUACAAAGGGGAUAUGUGCAUGACUUCGCAAAUUGCAUCGACGCUAUGUAUCAACCCUAAAAUACAACUUGCUCAGGACAUGAGAGAAUGGGCUCUUUCAAAAGACAAGAUCAAGACUAAUGGUGCUCCGUCAAGGCUAUUUAAAAAUGCAGUGAAAAUGAAUAUUAUUGACAUUAUGCAAGCUUCACAAAAUUCAUUCACAAAAUUCAUCAAAGGCACAAUAUGGCAGCUUUACUGGAAAAAUAAGUAAUAUCUUAAAUAGACAUAAGGUUUGGUACUACUCAUGCAAAGGCUGCAAUAAAAAAGUAGACAAAACUAUUUAUGACAAAUGUCAAAAUUGUCAAAAAAACAAUGAAGACAGUAUACCGAGGUAUGUUGUUAAAAUCUUAGUGGAAGAUGAAACAGAUACUGCAAGAGUCACACUUUUUGACGCAUCAGAAACUUUGAUAGGCUGCAAUGCUCAAAUCUUCAUGGAUGAUAUAAAAGAG